GAGAAUCCUUCUUCCCUUCUCAGUCCUUCUCUGGAGCAACAACAACAACGUCAACUAACUGACAGAGACUCUUCACAUCUCAGAACAAGUCUGUCCACAUUUCCCUCCACUUCUAGCCCUCUAACUUACUUAAACCCUUCAAAAGAGGACAUUUAACCCCACCACUCUGUGGCCAUGGGAGAAGACUCAUCGCACGCCGAGCGCAGCAGCAACAGCAGCAGCAUUUUGGUCAACCCCCAGCAGUACCAGGCACAGCAAGACAACAUGGACCUCCUGGUGUCCAGCUUCAGCCCGAGCCCAGCUCCCUCGUCCCCCACCAACACCCUCUCCAGGCUGGGCUUGAAAACCCCUGGGAGCCUCGGACCUGGAAGUCCCACCAGUCCCACUGCCAGGGACCAGGUGAGCGCCAUCACAGUGGUGGCUCUACUCGACAAGCUGGUCAACAUGCUGGAGGCAGUGCAGGAGAACCAGCAGCGCAUGGAGUUGCGUCAGGCCGACCUGGAGGGAGCCGUACGAGGGGUCCAGGGUGACGUGACCCGCCUUUCCAAGAACCACACCAGCACAUCCAACAGCGUUAACAAGCUGCUAGAGCGCUCACACAAGGUCAACACCCACAUGAAGGAGGUGAGGGAGCGGCUGGACAAGCAGGCGUCACAGGUGAAGCGGCUGGAGGCCAACCAUGGACACCUGCUAAAGAGGAACCACUUCAAAGUUCUCAUCUUCCAGGAAGACAAUGAGAUCCCCUCCAGCGUGUUCAUCAAGGACUCCCCCAAGACCCCCCAGGCCAGCCAGCUGGAGGACAACGCUCUUGCGGCGCCUGCCCCGUCCGUCGCCGGCACAGACGCCAACCGCUCCCAGGAGGAGGGUCUCCAUACCAUCAGCUUGUCCUCCUCCGACGAUGAUGCUGGGGGUCACCAGGAGGAAGACGAAGCCCUGGAGGAAGAGGCAACGCUGGGUCUGGGAGCAACCCGGCCCUCCGUUGAGAGAUCCAGAGCAGACCGGCUGAAGCGCUCCAGUCUGAAGAAGGUGGACAGCCUGAAGAAGGCUUUCUCACGCCAGAGCAUCGAGAAAAAGAUGAGCAAGAUCAGCACCAAGAUUGUGCCGACAGCGAGCCGCGAGAAGAUCAAGAAGAGCUUCACACCAAACCACCCAAAGAGCCCUGCCUCCAAGAGUUCCUCAUUCAAGGUGUCGCCAAUGACGUUCAAUGUGAAGAAGAUGCGUGGUGAAGGGGAGGACUCAACCCAGCCCGGAGGCUCGCCUAGCGGGCAUGCCCACGUGGAUAUCCCUCCCCUGGGAAGCAUGGAUGGGGAUCUGCCCCUGGCCGAGGUGCAUUCCCAGGAAGUGCUGGGUGUGGAGGGAGGAGAGGAGCUGGCUAGUCCCUCUAGCACUGGGAGCGUAGAGGCCAAGCUGACCUUCAAUGGAGAAGCAGGGGGCCUGGAGUGUCACCUGACCACUGAUCGUCCGGCGGGGCUCGCUGUCCCGGAGCAUGAUGAUGAUAUUGGAGAGGAGGAAGAGGAGGAUGAUGAAGAGGAGGAGCAGGAGAGCCCGGUGGAGGUGAAAGCUCCCAUACCUUCUGCUACUGGAAUCACUGUGGAGCAAGCCUCUUAAUCGCAUCCACCUCAACCUUUGCUCCUGCACAUUCCCUGCCCUCUUUAUAUUACCAUGCCAACAGUAUAGUCAUCCCUCCGUCUUUCCUAACCAUGUUUCCGAGAUAUCUCCUAGACAGACACACAUGCACACACACGCACGCAUGCACACACAUGGACACACACACACAAUGUAUAUACACAACAUGAAAGACGUGUCCUUAGCAGAACUAUUCCUGAAAAAACUCAAGCUCCUGUGCCAGCGAUACAGGCCAUCCCAUCAAGUGAUCCUGCAUCAUUUGCUCCUGCCUGGUGUGUUUAACUAGCUACCCUUCUGUGGGGCUACCUUAAGAAAAGAACCAGUGUGCCAAGAGACUAUUACUCACCUUCCCAACUGGAACCUUGCUUCUGUUUCAAGAGAACAGCACAUCUCCAGUACACUGAGCCAACUAUCUCUCUCUAUUUGUCUGUCUCUGCAUGGGCCUCUCUGUCUGUCUGACAGAUAGUCUCUUUGUUCCUCUGCCUCGUGUGAAUGCCGGUAAAUCUCUGGCAAAAAAGGUAAAGCCCCACAGUUUGGGGAUGGUAGCUUGUUGCCAGGCAGUCUGGGCAUUGGUAUGGUUGGUAGCUAGGUUUCUACAGCAAGGGUGGUGUAAGGCUGAAGGGAUAUAGGGCUGUAAUAUGUCCAAAUGCUCUGCCUGAAAAUAGCUUCUUAUCUUCAUCAAGGAUAUUUUUAUUAUUUCAGAGAGCGGGUUCAAUGUAAGAAGGGGGAUAGGGAGGAAGUACGACGAGAGAAGGAAAGUCGUUUAGAGUGUUCGGAUGAGUCAAAUACAUGUGGCAAAUGCGGUGUGCUUCAUUUUGCUUAUAAUAAAACCAUUGGAAUAGUCCCAAAAAGUGCAAACUCUGCACCUCAGGCAUGUGGAUGAAGCUGAAUCAAGCACACCUCAGGUAUUUGAAUGUUUGUGAUACAUGUAUUUGACCCAUGUCUUGAUGUAACCACACAACCUGAGUGCAGGGUAAAAAAAGAGCCAUAUAAUUGAGGCAGUUUUGUGCCAUCCCUACCUUAGUUUAUUUGCCUUAAUAAAUACUCACCAGAACAGAAAAACUGCUUGAAAGUGGUUAAUGGUUCACUAGGUACAGACCACACCUUCAAUAUUUGAGGAGAGUAAGUUGAAAUAGCUGUCUUGUGUUAACGUCUACUGGCGUCUACCUUAAGGCUCUACAUACUGGGACUUUCCUAAACCACCCUAUAUCAGGGCAAUUCUAAUCUUAUGUGUAUGUACAUAUUCGAUUAUGGGAUUAUCAGUGGGUAUAAUGAUUUAUAUAGAAUCAUGUUUGUUGAAUACUGUCAAACUUUAUCGGGUACUGUCUCCUGAGUAUUGUACUUCCAUAAUAUUAUAGUCUAACAAUGUGGACUUUUGGAGUUGAUCACUCACAUAAACAAGGUUUGAAUAGCAUAAACAAGCAUAAACAAGCAUUUACACAUUGUUAUAUGGUUGAAACACACACAUGCACACACAAAACAUUAAAGGAAGACUCCACCCAAAAUCUAUUUUGGUAUUUGUUUCAUUAGUCCAUUGUUGAUAUAUUCCCAAAAUGCUUUGCAUGUCAGCAAUCAAGUUAAGAUAUGUAACUUUCAAAAUACAGAAAUACAGCGGGUAUGAUGAUUGGUGGAAUUGUCCUUAAUAAACUAGCACACAUUUACAGAGGCACCCACACAGACAUUCACUCACAUGCUCCUGCACGCACGGAAGCCUUGAAACUUAGGCCUACACAAGCUGGUGUGAGUAAUUGCUGUCCCGGAGCGAGGAAUUCCUGCAUGUUUUAGAAGAUAAGAGUGAUAGUGAAAGAUUCCAUUCCUUUAAAUUCUCUCCUUUUGGAAUCUACUUGCUCGUAUCACUAAGGGAGGAUAGUUCAUCUAAUCUAUGUGCAGCACUUGCCACUAACUUGUGGCUACUGUUUAUAUGGUUUCAUAUCCAUAAGAUGGAAUGGAAUUUAAACCCCUCUGUGGGGAGUAUAUGCAGUAUCAGCCUGAACUUCAUGGUUAGCAUCCCCUGGCCUAUUCCUUUCUGAUUACAAGUGCCUUGCAACCAGUCAGUGCCUAGUACACACUUAGGGGCCUCCAAAAUAUAUAGGUGUCUAAUGAAAUGUAAUUAAAAACAGAAUGAAACCAUUAAGCAGAUUAUGUAUUGUAUGUUAUUUCUCAGUUGAGAGAGAUCUUGGAGAAAGGGAAAGAGAGAAGGAGAGGCAGAGCAGAGAGGCAUUCCUGGGUUUGACAUAUGACUCUUUGGCAGCCCAUUUUUCAUGCACUACCCUCUCUGCCUGGACGUGGCGGCAGGGGGAACUGGGGCCCUCAUGGGCCACAGGUGUGUUGCCCCCAGGGAGGCCCCUGGGCACUGGCUCACUAGGAAGGAGGGGAGGAAGGGAGGGAUGAGGAUGAGAAGGGUAGAUCAUUUAGAAAAACAUUGUUUUUGGAACUGUGGGAGUAGAACAGAAAAUGGGACAGGUUGCAUCCCGAUUCUCCACACUCAGUGUCAUGAAUUUAAAAAUUGUGAAAACUCCCUCCAGCUAAUGCCAACACCAAUUCAAUUAUAUGAAAUCCAUGAUUGGAGAAUAAGGACCCGUGUUUUGAGAGGAGGUAUAAAUUGAAGAGAGAUAUGUCCAAUUGUUUGCGCACCGGCAUGGCCUUACAUUUUUUAACCACAAGCUAUAUACUCUUUCUAUCUAUCCAUCACAGAGACAUCUCCUCUUUCUCUCCCUGAUGCUCUCUCACACAAACGCACACGCACAUUCUCUCUCUCCCCAUUUGUCUCACACUCAUCUUUCUCUCACUCUCUUCUAAAAGCGCAGCCCAUCUCCAAUCAAUGGUGUGUAUUCAUGGAUGCCAAGGGAAGCCAGGCUUCCCCCCACACAAAAUGUAGCAAUAAAAAAAUACAAAAUCAAAA